UAUUAAUCAAACACAAAUUACUUUCGCACCUCGAUUUCCGAGGUUGAAAAAUUAUAAAAUAUUCCCCCUUGGACCACCCUUUUUUUUAAAAUUUUAUUUUACACUAAUAUAAACACAAAGAGUCCUCUUCACACUUAGACAAAUUCUCUACAUUAUCUCUUUCGAUGGAGAAAGAAAAUAAUGUAAGAACAGAGAUUACAAAUACUUCAAAUUGGAGCUCCAACGCCAUGUUUGAUAUCGAAAAAGAUUAUUCGUUAAGUUUUUUAUUAGAAACAAUGUUUGGUGUUGACGAACAUCGAAAUUAUUGUUAUGAUAACACUACAACUAGUUCUAUUUUCGAUUUGCUAAUGAUUCCAUCUCAUCAGCAACAACUUCAACCUCAACGUUUUAUUACUUGUUCGUCACUUCCAGAAUCAUCAUCGAUAUUAUUAUCUGAUCAUUUGAUUAAUAACGUACCAGUAACACCAAAUUCAUCGUCGAUUUCUUCAUCAUCAACUGAAUUAGCUGCUAAUGAUGAUCAUCAACACAAGUAUAAGAAACAGUUAAAACCUAAUAAGAAGAAGCAAAAGGGGGAAAAGGAGCCAAGAUUUGCAUUCAUGACAAAGAGUGAAAUUGAUCAUUUGGAUGAUGGUUUUAGAUGGAGGAAAUAUGGACAAAAAGCAGUAAAAAAUAGCCCCUUUCCAAGGAGCUACUAUCGUUGCACAACAUCAUCAUGUGGUGUGAAAAAGAGAGUUGAAAGAUCAAUUCAAGAUACUUCAAUAGUUAUUACAACUUAUGAAGGUGUUCACACACAUCCAUGCCCCAUAACGCCACGUGGAUGGGUCGGAGUUCAACCGGUAACCACCACCUAUGGUGGCCGCGUUGGCGGUGGUGAUGGUGGAGGAAGAUGUUGUCAUUAUGGUGAUUAUUCCUCUUCCUUAUUUUCAACUAAUAAUUCACUACAAGAAAAAAGGUUUUGGAGUUCUUCUAAUUCCUCUUUGGCUAAAGAUGAUCAUGGACUUCUUCAAGAUAUGGUGUCAUCACGUAUGAGAAGUGAUCUUAUAGAAGAGUAGGAAAAGCGAGUACGAUUUAUAUAGUCGAUCUCAAUUUAUUCGAAAGCUAAGUUGAUAGUAGCAAGUUCUUUUAUUAAAUGGUGUUAUUUUUUUCUCUCCAUGUUGUAGAAUUCUUUGUAGUAAAAUCAUUUUGUCUUUCAUCAAAUUAAUCUCAUUUUACUCAUUUAUUACA